CUCGUUGGAUCCGCCUAUUUAACGCCCACGAGCUGUACAAUUGGUUGGCCCCUGUUGUCAGCGCAGCUACAAUUGGUUGACAAAGAUGUCAAUCACCGCCCUUCAUCCGCUCGGAGCCAAGAUAAGCAAUCUGAGCGGCGAUGUCUCAUGAGUCAAGUGAUACUGCUGUUAACUGCUUGUUAAUAACCAACACGGACUGAUGCCAAACCGCAUAUAAGUUUAUAUUUCAGCCAAUAUUUUGUGUUCACCCAUGUCGCCUUCAAACCGUGUGAAACUUAAUGUUAAUCGACUUGGUCAACAAUUAUUCGGGCUUCUAUGUUGAGGAAACCGAGCGGAGGGAGGAAAAGGAACCGUCACGGAAGCAGCCUGAAGUGGAAGACGAAGCCUUUUAACACGAGUGACUUCACCACACAACAUCGCCUAUCAACAACAAAACGACAAACAGCAACGAGGGUCAAAUCUGUCGCGGGAUAACAUUUCCCCAUUUUCCUGCCUUCUACAAGAAGAUACAUUCAUUGGCGUGGUCUGAGGACAAUAUACCAAAGCCAAAGGUGUCGCCUGAAGACUGGAAGGGAAACGGCCGAUAUCCAGGAUGAACCACCUAUCCUUCAGCGAGCUUUGUUGCCUCUUCUGCUGUCCUCCGUGCCCCAGCAAGAUAACAGCCAAGCUGGCCUUCCUGCCCCCAGAGCCCACCUACAGCCUGAUGUGCGACGAUAGCGGCAGCCGUUGGACUCUGCACUUGUCCGAGCGUGCUGACUGGCAAUACUCGUCCCGAGAGAAGGAAGCCGUUGAGUGUUUCAUGACUCGUACCUCCCGGGGAAACCGGAUUGCGUGCAUGUUCGUCCGCUGCUCGCCCAGUGCCCGCUACACACUGUUAUUCUCCCACGGAAAUGCGGUGGACUUGGGCCAGAUGAGCAGCUUCUAUAUCGGUCUGGGUUCCCGGAUCAACUGCAACGUGUUCUCCUACGACUACUCCGGUUAUGGCGCCAGUUCUGGGAAACCCUCAGAGAAGAACCUAUACGCUGAUGUUGAUGCGGCUUGGCAGGCCCUCCGCUCACGGUAUGGCAUCCGUCCAGAAACUGUCAUUGUGUACGGCCAGAGUAUUGGCACCGUGCCUUCUGUGGACCUGGCUUCUCGCUACGAGAGUGCCGCAGUGAUCCUGCACUCCCCGCUCACCUCCGGCAUGAGGGUGGCCUUCCCUGACACCAAGAAGACUUACUGCUUCGACGCCUUUCCCAAUAUUGACAAGAUUUCAAAGGUGACCUCACCGGUCCUGGUGAUCCAUGGCACGGAUGAUGAAGUCAUCGACUUCUCCCACGGUCUGGCACUGUACGAGCGCUGCCAGCACCCUGUGGAGCCGCUGUGGGUAGAAGGGGCAGGCCACAAUGACGUGGAACUCUACGGACAGUACCUGGAGAGACUCAAGCAGUUUGUCACACACGAGUUGGUCAACUUGUAGAGGAAGAAAAAUCUGUGGAGAUAAGAUUGGUGGUUGAUUUUGUUCUAACUUAUUAUUAUCAUGGCUAUUUUUCCCUAGGAUGCAGGCGCUGUAUGCCUCUGUGGAAGUGUUUAUGGUAGAAUUUUGAUGAUAAACCACCUCUCCUACUUUGGAGCUCCAGUUCAGGCCCCUCCGGUCCACUGCAACUGUGAACUUUGAACAAUUCAUGAACUAAAACCCUAUGGUUUUAGCUUCUGUGUUUGGACUUCUUAUUUUUUUUUAUUUUUUAUAUGUAAACAUGUUGCACAAUUGCACGUUGUAACAGUAUGUGAAUGCAAGACAGAGAAAAAGACAUACUGUGUGAAGAACAGCCUGUGUAUGAGUGUGUAUGUGACUUUUUUGCUGCCUUUUACAAAGGAUGCGGUCUUCACCUAUUAUCGGAGACUUCUGACCAGGCCACGAGGAUGCUGAUGUUCUCACUCACAGCCUUGAUCCAAACUGGACUGCACUCUCCAAUCCAACUGAUGUUGAAUUAUUUUUUUUCUAUUAUCAUUGCAGUAUGUAUAUAUUAUACAUGAUAUUUGCACAUAUCAGCUGUCACUGAAGAACCGUGAGACAAACUGCUGUGCAGGUGUUGCCAAAUGUUUAGUAUAAUAUAUAUCGCAGAGAUGGACUCGCAGAGAUUAUCUCCACACCUUAUUGCAUUGCCUCUUCUGAUCUUGUAAAUUUAUCAUGCAAUGUUGUUACUCUCAGAUUAGCGUUACUAUGCAGCAGUUAGUUUCAAAGGUGAUAUUUCUUUUUAAAAGAACAUGUCAAGAAGUCUCCUCAUUCUGACAGUUUCUUUUCAAUUUUUCAUUUUAGGAUGUUAAAGAAUCCAUAUCUGUAGCUCAUAUUAAAGAAUUUCUUGUAUAAAUGAUAUAACUAUAACAAAUUUACUUUGUCAUUUUGAAUAUGAUAAAAAUGUAUAUCACUAAUGCCCAUCUAGGCCUAGAGUGUUGCCUAGAGUCUUAUUAUUUUCAGUUGAGAAAUAUUUAAAAAUGAAGAGGUUUUGUUUUCUUUAGUAUAUCUGAAAAGAGAUUGAAUGAACACCACUCCUACUAACUCACCAUCUAUGUGCAUGGACAAUAACUUAUGUCAUAGCUCAGCAUUAAAAGGCCCUUUUUUUCCCCCCUUUAGUUUCACGCUCUUGUCUGCAUGCCAUUUCUGGGUCCAUUGUUGAUGGUUUACUUGCCCUUUUAUUGCUGAGCAAAGCCAAACAAGCUAUUUCAAUGCACUAAUGACUCCAUUUACUAUCAGAGCUGAGAUAAGCAAAUGUCAAUGUUCACACAAUGCCAGUCCCUUGUAUUUUUUUUGGCCUACAAGGCUGAAGUUAUGUAUGACGGUGGACCAGGUUGAAGCUAUGGGUGCUAGUGUAACUUGUCACAGCGACUGAUUGAUCAAGGAAACGGCGUCCGUGUGUUUUCUUUCACAAGAGUACGGUUCAUUUCUGUCUUGGUAAGAUUACACUUUCAUUUUGUGCACUUUCCAAAUAGUAUAUUAUGCUUGUACUUUUUGUUCCUCUUAAAAAAACAUUGCCAUCAUCUGUCAUACUACGUUCAUACUUGAAGGUACAGUCCUCAUUGUUUUGUACUGCUCAGCUGGACUCUUGGCAUCUCUAAUUCAGUUGUUUUUUUUGUUUUUUUUUUACCGCAUAUUUCGAUACAAAUGGAACUCAAACUGUAAUAACAAUAUUAACUUUAAUAACUGAAUAGCAAAAAUAAAAUGGUAAUUUGGAAGAACUCA